GGGGGCGCGCGGCGAUUGGCGGGUUCGAAGCACGGCUGCGCGUGGGCGGUGCCGCCCGGAACUCCCCGCCGCGGCGGUCGCUGUGGAAACUGUGCCGGCGGCGCGCGGCCCGCAACGGAGGCGCCAGGAAUGCAGCUGAAUGGAGCUGAAAGGGCCACAGAUGAAAGAACUUGAACACGUUUCUGAAAGUUUAAGAUGUGUCUGGCAGUGACUUGCUUACCUUAGUAACAAAGAAGAGUAUUUCAACAGCAGCUUAGGAUACCUGUAUGCCAAUUUAUUAACCUACUAACUGGAAUGGUGUUCUGACAACAAUUCUCCGUAGCAAACUACUCGCCUUGCUACAGAACAGUAGUGUUUUCUCUACUGAUAAUGCAGCUCAAUGGAGGAAAGUAAUGUUUUGAUAAGCAUGCGAGAAGAUCAGUCUUUCCAUGUGCGAUACAGGAUGGAGGCUUCUUGCCUGGAGCUGGCUUUGGAAGGUGAGCGCCUGUGUAAAGCAGGAGAUUGCCGAGCUGGUGUGUCUUUCUUUGAAGCAGCUGUUCAGGUUGGAACCGAAGACUUAAAAACACUCAGUGCUAUUUACAGCCAGCUAGGCAAUGCCUACUUCUACUUGCAUGAAUAUGCAAAGGCCUUGGAAUACCAUCACCAUGAUUUAACUCUUGCAAGGACAAUUGGAGAUUUGGUGGGAGAAGCUAAAGCUAGUGGAAAUCUGGGCAACACCUUGAAGGUACUCGGAAACUUUGAAGAAGCUAUUGUUUGUUGUCAGAGACAUCUGGAUAUUUCCAGAGAGCUUAAUGAUAAGGUUGGAGAAGCAAGAGCACUGUAUAAUCUGGGAAAUGUUUAUCACUCUAAAGGGAAAAAUGUGGCUUGUGCUGGAACACAUGAUCCAGGGGAGCUUCCAGAGGAUGUGAAAAAUGCUUUGCAAAAAGCUGUAAAUUACUAUGAGGAAAACCUGACAAUAGUCACAGAGCUGGGUGACAGAGCAGCACAAGGACGUGCCUUUGGAAAUCUGGGAAACACACACUAUCUUCUGGGCAACUUCAGGAGUGCAGUUUUAGCCCAUGAGCAGCGUCUCCUAAUUGCAAAAGAAUUUGGUGAUAGAUCAGCUGAAAGAAGAGCAUACAGCAAUCUUGGAAAUGCCUACAUAUUCCUGGGUGAAUUUGAAACCGCUUCUGAAUACUACAAGAGGACAUUACAGCUGGCUAGGCAGCUUAAGGAUAGAGCUGUGGAAGCACAGGCCUGCUACAGCCUUGGAAACACAUACACUCUGCUUCAAGACUAUGAGAAAGCAAUUGAUUAUCAUUUGAAACACCUUGUGAUUGCUCAGGAAUUAAAUGACAAAAUUGGUGAAGGAAGAGCAUGCUGGAGUUUAGGGAAUGCAUAUACUGCUCUGGGCAAUCAUGACCAAGCUAUGCACUUUGCUGAGAGGCACCUGGAGAUCUCCAGAGAGGUAGGAGAUAGAAGUGGGGAACUCACUGCUAGACUGAAUCUCUCAGAUCUUCAAAUGGUUCUUGGAUUAAGCUAUAGCACAAACACCUCCAUGAUGUCAGAAAGCCACGCGGUAGAUAACAGUCUGAAUGGUACCCGGCCAAGGGUGGGACGUCGUCACAGUAUGGAGAACAUGGAACUUAUGAAAUUAACACCAGAAAAGGUUCAGAACUGGAACAGUGAGAUUCUUGCUAAACAGAAACCACUCAUUGCCAAACCUUCAGCAAAAUUGCAUUUUGUAAAUCGACUCAAAGGCAAAAAGUAUAAAAAUGGCACCACUUCCAAAGUUCUGCAGGAUGCCAGUAAUUCUAUUGACCACCGCCUUCCCAGCUCUCAGAGGAGAAACAGUCGAGAAACAGUGGCAGAUGAAGGGUUCUUUGAUCUGCUGAGCCGAUUCCAGAGUAACAGGAUGGAUGAUCAGAGAUGCCACUUCCAGGAGAAGAACAGAUUCUCAGCUGCUUCAGUAGCAACGUCCUCUACUCCACCUAAAACAAUACGAAAAUCCUUUUCUGCUUCCGUAGUCUCACCCCACACUGAUGACUUUCUGGAUUUACUUGCGAGCUCACAGAGCCGCCGCCUCGAUGACCAGCGCGCCAGCUUUAGCAAUCUGCCUGGCCUUCGUCUUAACCACCGCACCAGUCCGUCUGUGCUGGGCCACUUAAUGGCCAGUAACAACAGAGAGCUAGAUGAGGACUUCUUUGAUAUAUUAAUCAAAUGCCAGGGUUCCAGACUGGAUGAUCAAAGAUGUGCUCCUCCAUCAUCUGCAAAAGGACCAACUGUACCAGAUGAGGACUUUUUCAGCCUCAUUGUACGAUCCCAAGCUAAGAGAAUGGAUGAACAGAGAGUCCACUUACCCUCUGCUAUAAAAGGACCGAGUUCUAGCUGAGGAGAUGCACAGGCUCCUGCUGUACAGUAGCAUCUUAAGUUUCAUUUUGUUUGCUGGAAAAAUGUAUGUGUCUUUUUAAAAAGGACUGCAAUUAGUAGUUUUGUCUCCCUUAUAAUCACUUUUUGUACAGUAGCAGCACCACACAUGUGAUUGGUAGUUGGAGUUGUGUCUUUGUAUCGGGCAGCUACUUCUAGCUGUGUCUGAGAUACAGAUUACUGCAUCUUCCUCUUAAUUGCUUCUAGUUUAUGAACAUUCACAGCAGUUUUCUUCUCCCUCAAUGUAAUGUUAUUGCAGGUGUGCGAUCUCUACCACACCUAGUUUGAGACCUAGGUUUGUAUGCUCUUUAUAAGGAUAAAGACUUGAUUUUUUUUUUUCUGAUUUGUACCUCCCUGAAAAAAGGUCCCAUUUUCUUUUAU